UGUGAAAUGAAAACUAUCGUGUGCAUAGUGGUGGCUAGUGUUUUGGUAAACACAGUUACGAUGGUGGAGCAAAAAAAAGUGAACAUAGCUCUCGAGACAGUAAUGAAAUUCGGCGGCAAUAGAGAUAAAUCAUCAGGCCUUGAAGUCAUCGAGAAAGUGCAAAACGCUUUAGAAAAAAUAAAACAAGGUAUUGAAUCCCGAAAUGGUAGGAGAAGUGCUCGUGAUCAUGACAUUACAUUUACUGAUUUUGUAUCACAAGCUGCUAAGAUAUUGAAAAACUACAACGACAAGGACCUUGAAGAUGUAUUUGCUGUGUUUGGAGAUGAAACAAGGAGAUACAUUAACAGAAAUGGUGAGUUACGUGAGUUGUUUGGUAGUGGCAAUAUGAGGAGACAUAUAAGCGAAAAAUUGGAAGAUUUUAGAGAAAUGCAGGCUGAUAUGUUGCGUGAGCAUUUAAGCACAGCUAUUAUUGCCGUUGAAAAUAAAAAGUAUAAUGGAGAAAAAAAUGAUUUACUUGACAUUGGAGAUUUUGUGUACAUCGGCGGACAUGAUAAGUUGAGAGCAGUACUCAGAGAUCUAGAGAAAUUAGGAAGAUCAGCAGAUGUGCGUUUAAAUGACGUGCUAAGACAUAUAUUGAGAUCUUUAAUUUUUGAUCAUUUUAAUAAACUCAACGACAACAUUAAACGUGAACUGAUAGAUAUGGCGAAAGAUUACUGGAGAGUAUCAAGUAGCAAAAGGUGGAAUAGAAAAACACGUCCAACAACGAUUACUCCACUAGAAGAGGAUGAAUAUGCAAGUAAAAAUGAUAAACACUUUUAUAGAAACAGACUUAGUUUCAGUGCACAAAAGCGACAAGAAAUUAGUGAUGCACGGCCAACUCCACGAACUAAAAAAACGUACAAUGCUAGCCAGCAUGUAAAUAAAAGGUAUAAAUAUAAAAACAGAAUCCAAAAAGACCGAGAAGCUGUCACAGCUUUUACUAAAUUAAACAAAUAUAAGGAACACACCAGAUUAACCCUUUCUGAUGAAAACACAGAUCCCCCUUUUGAACCUGAAUCUGACAACGAAACUACAAUUGAAAACAAUGAAGGUAAAAACCUCUCAAAGGCACCGAGAAAAUAUAUAAAGAAAAAUAAGUUUACACCUUCAAUCGCCCAAACUAAAAGACCAAACCAUUCAAAAGAUGGCGAAAAACCUAUAGAUUCACCGUAUUCAGAUUUAAAGUUCCUAACGGGCGGACAAAAUGUCCAAGACGUUGAUUUACGAGGCCAGUCAACUGAAGAGACAUAUGAAAACUAUGAAGAACCAGACAAGACAAAAGAAGAACAACAAUUAUCGAAACAUACUGUCGUUUUCAGUCAUCAUCCGACGGCGAAGUAUUUAUCUGUAGAAAGGUAA